UUUAAUCCUUCUUUUAGCGAAGUAUAGUAUGUGACAGCCAGUCAGCUUAAUAAUAAAGUACGUUCAAGGUCGCUAUUCCAUUUAUUACUACUGAAGUACCCAUUUUAUCAUUACGCGUUAUAUCGUGUACUGGCUAAUUGUAACCGUCCCAUAAAUGAUCCCGAAUAUCACUUUGCCUUCAGGACGAUGUGACUGUCUGUCUCGUUCUGAGAUCACAGAAGAACGAAUUCUUGCGGUGGCGGCAGUUUGUCUAUUUGGACUUCUAACGGUAACAGUGAACCUGCUACUUACAUUUUCCAUUGUUCCUUACAAAAAGCUGCGGUCCAACGUUAAUUUGUUGUUGGUAUCCAAUGCGAUCGCCGAUGCCGGUGUGGGUUUGUACGUCAUUCCCACUCAGAUGAUCUUAUGGUUAGUCUCCGAAUGUUGGCCCUUUUCCCAUUUAAGCUGCCUCUUCUAUUAUGCCUCCAAAGAACAUCUAAUUGCCGUUAGUGUCAUCCACAUGAUGGUCAUCGCUAUUGAACGAUAUUGCCGAUUAUUGCACAACACUAGUAGAUUCUACAGACUGUGUCUGCAAAAAUGGCUGCCGGUGACCAUAAUUAUUUGCUGGGUGUAUCCUAGUACUACGAGUUAUAUUCGCAUUUCGCUUCCGUAUUUUGCAGCGUUGUAUCCAUACGACGAGGUCACUCUGGAUGCGAAUCCAAAGGACACUUGUGCUGCGUACAGCCAGCAACCGUGCAAUUGUGUCAGUUGUUUUACGACGGCAUCGUUCGUCGUUGAGGCUGUACUGCAGUAUUUCCUUCCAAUGGGGAUUAUGGUGUUGGCGUACGGUCGAAUUAUUUUCAUUGCGUUCUCCCGAUUAAAAAAGUCUAACCAUUUGCGAGAGCGUCUACAGUCGGAUUUAUCCAACCGGCUAAGCCACACAACGUCCGCUGGAUCAGGUCAUAAAAAGGUCACUAGACUGAAGUUUUUUCGAACCAAGGAAUAUCGCAGUAUUCGACUAUUUCUUAUCAUACUGAUUGCCUUCCUUAUCCCAUGGGGACCACAUGCAGUUAAUCGGCUAAUGUCGGCGUUUGGAUAUUCGACCAUGGACAGCGGCCUCCUGGAUGAGGCCCUGGAGGCUGGCCAACUAGCUUCAACAAGUUACUCAAACCUGCCGUACCGCACAUUUCGCUCUUACAUAAAUUUGCUGGGAUACCUGAAUUCUCUCGUCAAUCCGCUGCUGUUGUUCAUGUUUUGUAAAAAUUUUCGCACCGGAUUUCGUGCAACGUUCUUUGGGUGCAGGUUUUGCGAACACGCUGAUCAUAAAGAUGUAAAAUUUGAAGAACAUAAUUCAAAGUGGAAUCAUUACGCGCAAGCGAUAACAAACGCGACAUAA